GUUCGUUUGGAGUUUUUCCUUGCUGCGUGAUUAUUUUCAUUUAUAGAAAAACUGUUUCCCGUGGUAAUAUGUUUUUUUUCGAUAUUAAAUUUUAGUGUGAAAUAUGUCGUUACAAAUUACUACUUUAAAAAGAAAAAAGCCUAGUGAAAUUGUGUGUUUGUUUUGCGAUUCAACAGUUAACUUAGUGAAGGAACCAAGAAAAGAGUCUUUUACUACCAUAAAAAAUGCAGGAAAUAGACGAAAAGAUGAGAUCAACGAGAAAUUUCUUAAAUUUUACAAUCCAUAUUCUACAACACAGUGUUUUUCGUGGCACAGAAAUUGCAUGGCUACGUAUGUUAGUGAAGAGAAAAUACGACGUCGCGAAAUAUUUUUGUACAACGAACAAUCUGACAGUACUUCUCAUGUUGACUUAAAUGUGGUGAUUAACAAUAAUGAACCUUUUAUAGUUUCUGGUGAAAAUGAAGAAAAAGUGAAUUGUUUUAUAUGUAAUUGUGUUACAAAAAAUAAAGAUAAGAGACUUAUUUUAUGCUCGGAAAUUGCUUCGGCAAAGAAGAUAUUUGACAUUGCACUCAAAAAGAAGGAUCACAUUUUUUUGGAAAUCAGCUCUUGUUCGACACCUGAGGACUUAUUUGCUAGAAAAGUUAAGUACCACAAAAAUUGUUAUAAAGAAUAUAUCAGAAUACCAAAAUCUUCAAGCAACAAGGAAGGUCGACCGUCAACGAAAGUACCUGAAGAUAUUUUAAAUUGUGCUUUUGACAAGCUAAUCGAUGAAAUGAAAGACCAGUUUUCAACAACUUCAUUUGAAUUAUCUUAUUUGGCUAUACGGCUAUCUGAACUCACUGAAAUUGAAAAUGCGACAAUUGAAAAUCGAGACGUUAAAUCACUUUUCAUUAAUAAAUAUGGAGACAAAGUUUUGUUCUCAUAUCCGUCUGAUAAAUCAAAAUCUUCUACUUUGUUUAUGUCUAAUGUCCCAUUAGUAGAAGUGGUUGAACGUGUUCGUGAACUUAAUUCAGAAAAUCAUAUUGUUACAUGUGCAAAAGAACUUAGGAAAGAAUUGUUGAAAACUACGCUUAUUCCAGAUGAUUAUUUAUGUGAUGAAGUUUUGCUUGAAAAGUUGUUUGCGGAAGAAAAAUUACCAUCGAUUUGGAAAAUAUUUUUACAAGCAUUGUUCAGUUCAAAAAACCAGACAUUAGGAGAGAGCACUUAUCGAAGAGCCUAUUCAGUAUUUUCAGAUAUUUUUUUUACUGUAACUGAUAAGCAGACACCCAAACACAUAGCUGUUGCUCAAUCUAUCCACCAUCUCAGUAGGUCAAAACAUUUAAUAACUGUGCUAAACAAGUUAGGCCAUUGUAUUAGUUACAAAUCAUUAAAAAAUAUUGAUUUUGAAUUAACUAGUUCAAUUUUGAGCGAAGAUAAUAAGCAACAAAUUCUAAUACCCAAAAACAUACUAAAAGAUCCAUCGUUGUUUCUUCAUGGGGCAAUAGACAAUAAUGACUUUAAUGAAGAAACAUUGAGUGGACAAGGUUCUACACAUGUGACUGCCAUGGUCAUAUACCAAGAAGAAAGUUUUGAAGAAAAUAACAUCCCUUUGGUAACAACAAAGCCUACAGAUAAACAGGUCAAUCUGAAUUUUAAAAGUUUGAAUUGUCAAGACGUUCUUUAUUACAAACCAAUUGAAAAUCUAUCAGUGUUAAAUUAUGUAGAAAGCAGUUGUCUAUUACCUUGCAGCCAGAACAAUAUUCAAAAAAUCAAUUUCUUAUGGAUUUUAUGCAGAUUGCAGUACUAUGCAUUGGAAAACGACUUUUUCAGGCCAUCAGUCAAUGCAAUACCAGGAUGGACUUCUUUUCAACAACUUUUAACAACUCAAUAUUUACCUAUAUCUACUGUUGGAUUUUGUCCUGUGAUUCCGCAUCCUCCUACUUCCAAAGAUGUUGUGUACACCGCCAUGACAAACUUUGUCAAGAUGUAUCUUUCUUUGGAAAAAUCCGCAGCUGUUCUAUCGUGCGAUAUGGCUAUAUAUCUUAUUGCUAAAGAUAUACAAUUAAGAAGUAAUGAAUUUCAAGGUCUCACAUUAAGGAUUGGAACUUUUCAUUUGCAGAAAAAUUUCUUACGAUGUCUAGGCCAAUUUAUCGAAGGAAGUGGUCUUGAUAAUAUUCUUAUCGAAGCAAAUAUCUAUGGUACCAAUACCUUAUCAACAAUUUUAAGUGGUACCCAAUACAAUAGGGGGAUCAGAGCUCACAAGCUCAUUUAUGAAUCUCUAAGAAGUUUUCAAUUUUUUGAAUUUAUUGAUAAAUCAGGCUUUUCAGAAGAUGAGUUAAAAUAUUUAAAUAUGUGUCUUCAGGAAAUAAGGGAACGCACUGUUGAUAAAGACCACUCAAGUGUAAUUGAUAAAUAUACCAAAUUUGAAAGGACAAUAGAGAAUUUCUUCUUAAAGUUUUUGGAUUUUUUGAACAGAAAGAGCAUCGAAAAUGAAACAUUCUGCUAUUUAAACAACUACUGUCAAAUGGUUGAAAUUCUUUUAAAUUCUAUUGCUGCAGAUAGACUCGGGGACUUUGACUUACAUCUACAAAGUACAAGAGAAAUGUUGCCGUUUCUUUUUUCAAUGAACCAUACAAAUUAUGUUCGUGGAGUAACAUUAUAUUUGCAAGACAUGAUGAAACUGCCGACGGAAAUGGUAUAUGAAUUGAAAAGAGGUAUGAUGUCCGUCAAACGAGGAGAUGGAAAAUUUAAUGCUGUAGGAUGCGACUUAGCACUGGAACAAACCCAAAAUCGAUCAUCAGCAGUAUCUGGGGGUUUAAUUGGUAUCACCCAAAGCAAAGAUGCAAUGCAACGAUGGCUGCUUUUAUAUCCAGUAAAAAACUCAAUUCACUCCGCCUUAUUGUCAUAUCUUGGCAUGCAAUCUGAUGCAGCAGGUGACAUUCAUUCCAAUUUCCACAGUGAAUGGUCGCAAUCAAGAAUGGAUAAAGAUGAAAUGGAUAUUAAAAAUUUAAUCACGUGCCUGAAAGAAUGCAAUAUAUUUCAGACCACUGAAGAGUGCGGCCUUCACAAUAUUUACACUGGAGCCAUUGCAGAGGAAUCAACGAAAUGCUUGUUGUCUUUGAAAGAAGAUGGAGAAUCCCUAAUUAAGCAAUUCGAGAGUGAAAGAUUUCAGUUUAAAACGAAAAGUGUGUUUGACCCUUUAAAAAGAGUUCCAUUCCACAAUUUCACUUAUAAUUCAAAACAAAAAGCUGCAACUACUGACAAUAAAAAACUGACUGACUCUAAGGACAUUACGAACGUUCAACAAUCAUUUAUGUUAGCAUCACAGCGAGGAUUUGACAGGAAAAUUCUAUCGUCGUAUGAAAUUUUAGAUUAUUGUAAGUAUUUGUUCACAGAAGAUGGAUUAUAUAGGAAAUCUCCAAAAGCGACACUUGCUCUAGAGAUAGAAAACAAUCAUAACUGUGCAAUAGAAUCGUUGUCAAACAUUUCGUCUUUAAAUUCGUCAAAGAUCUAUAUAGUCGAUGGUAUGUCACUAGUUCAUAAAAUUCAGUUAAAAAAAUUCAUUUCAUUUGGUGAUUUCGCUCAAGCAUAUUUCUCAACAAUCCUUUUAUUGCACUCACCUGAUGUUAACAGAAUUGAUGUUGUGUUCGAUAGGUACGAUAAUUUAUCAAUAAAAUUUUUGGAAUCAGAAUUACGAAGCAAGGGACAACAUGUAAAGAAAAUGAUUAUUUUAAAUAAUUCUACGAAAAUUCCAGUUGAUACAAAAUCUUUUUUUGCAAGUUCUGAAAAUAAAUUGCAGUUAGUUAAAUUUCUAUGUAAGUAUGCUUUAAAGGAAGUAAAAAUUCAGGAAAAUCGUGAAUUGUACAUUUCCGGUGGGUUUGACGACCCGACUAAAUGUUAUAAGUUGCAAAGUAAUUCUAUUUCCGAAAUUUUUGCAUUAAAAUCAAAUCACUUAGAGGCAGAUUCAAGAAUGUUUUCUCAUAUAUUUCAUGCAGCAGACACUCAGAAUGCUCAUAUCAUUAUUCUUAGCGCCGAUACGGAUGUUUUUAUCUUAGGAAUUUAUUUUUGGCAAAAGCUUUAUAUAAUAGGUUGUCAAGGUCUGUGGUUUGAAGGAUCACAGAAAAAGAAACGUUAUCUAGGAUGUCAUUUAGCAGCCGAAUCCCUUGGUGAUAACGUUUCCAAAAUUUUACCAGCUUUACAUUCUUUAACUGGUUGUGACACUACUAGUCGACUGGGUAAUAAGAAAAAUUGCUUAAAAUCUGCAACAUUAGACUUUAUUCAGGCAAGACUUUUAAAUUUUGGGGAUGAAUUUCUAGAUUUUGAAAAAUUUUCAAACGUAGAGAAAGUAUGCACUUAUUUAUAUUCACAAAAAGAAAUAACAGCUGAUGAAAUUCGACACAAACUAAUUUCUCAAAAUAUUGGUUUUGGUUUAAAUUUAUCUAGAAUAAUAUGCACAUCUAAUGCCUUAUAUUUACAUUGUUUGAGAGCUUCCGCACAAACAUAUCUAUGGAAAAAUGCAUUCCAACCUCUAAUUGAACCAAUUGACUUUCUUCAAUUCGGGUAUGAAUUACGGGAUUCUAAUUUAUAUCCGAUACAAAUGACGAAACCGUCUCUUCCGGAAUUGUUAAUUAAACCAUGUAAAUGCUAUUCUAACUGUAAAACAAUGUCCUGUAGUUGUAAAAAGUCAGGCUUAGUAUGUAUUUCACUAUGUAAAUGUGUAAACAGUGAUUGUAACAAUUUAAAUAAUAACAUGUAGAUAAUGCAAUUUCCACUUAUUCUACAGAACGCUAAAUAUUUCUUCAAAUAUACAUUUGUUUAUUAAAAAAAUUGUUAUUUCCAAAUGUUGAA